AUGGACAUGGGCCAUACUGGUACUCCACUCAGCCAGGCAGUUGAUGGUACCAGAAAUGCGCCUCUGUACACCGCGGAUCGCGCUGAUCUUGUGCGAUUCCUCCUGGAGAACGGUGCUAAGCCAAACCAACGUAAUGCUCCAGACCUCAACGAGCCAGGAAACUACCUCCAAAGUGCUGCUGCGUACUCAUCAUUAGAAGUCACUGAACUUCUCAUCCAGCAUGGCGCACAAAUCGAACAAUCGGGCGCGAUGCACAAAGCAGCGGAGAAUGGUCGAAUGGACGAAUGGACGUCAUGGAAUGAGUCCUGCGUCAUGGAGCGAAUGGCAACGAGCAACUAUGGACAAAUCUCAAGAAUUCAGCACGCUACAGGACCAGGGUCGAAGCUACCACUUGGCUGGUUGAACAUGGUGCAGAUGCCAGCAUCGCUGAUUCAAAAGGAUGGAGUGCGAAGGACAUGGCGAAAACGAUAG